AUGAUCUCGUACCUAUUUAGCGAAGAGGGUACCCUCACGAGGAAGCUAUUCGCGUACGAGUUAAAGACGGGUCAGCAGAAGCUACUAGUGGCUCCUCCGGGCGGCGGGGUCGACGAGGAUAAUCUCUCCAUGGAGGAGAAAUUAAGGCGCGAGAGGCAGCGGGAGCGCGGCUUGGGAAUCACGCGCUACGAUUGGUCUAAGAACGUGGCGGUUCCGCGGAUCAUGAUACCGCUGCCAGAUGGCGUGUACGUGCAGGACGGCAUGGGCGCGGAUCUGCGCCUGCGCAUCCCGGGCGGAGCGUCCCCCAUCCUGGACCCGCAGAUCUCCCCCGACGGCUCCGCCAUCGCGUUCGUGCGCGACGACGAGCUUUUCGUCGUCUCCACCACCGCGGGCGCGCCCCGCCAGCUCACCUUCGGCGCAAAGGAAGCCAACAAGGUGCAUGGCUUGGCAGAGUACAUUGCACAGGAGGAGAUGGAGAGGCGCAGUGGCUUCUGGUGGGCGCACGACAGCACGCGCAUCGCCUUCACGCAGACAGACGCCUCUGCUGUGCCGCUCUUCCGCAUCCCCCACUGCACUCGCCCGCCUGUUGGGGCGGACUCCGAGGAGGAGCAUGCCUACCCCUUUGCAGGCCAGGCGAACGUGAGCGUGAGGCUUGGGGUCGUUCCCGUGGCUGGCGGCGAGGGAGUAGCAGCAGGUAGCACACAUGGGGGUGAUGCAGGGUCUCUAGCCUCGUGCGUACCUGGGAGGGACGCACUGGAAUUAGCACUGCCGGAGAAGGCAGCAGGUGGGGUUAGUACCACUGGCAAUGAUGGCAAUGGCAAUGGGAAUGGCACAGCUGCCACAGCCGCUACAGCUGCUGCUGCUGAUUCCGCAGACGAUGAUGACGAUGAGGAGUACCUAGCGCGCGUGUCAUGGCUCCCAGACGGGCGCCUGUCCGCGCAGGUGCAGAACCGCCGUCAAACACGCCUCAAGCUGCUGCGCUUCGACCCCACCACAGGCAGCAGGGACCUCGUUCUCACGGAAUCCAACCCCCUCUGGGUGAACCUGCACGACUGCUUCACCCCCCUGGUGAAAUCCGGGGGGGAGCUUCGUGGGGGGUUUCUGUGGGCGAGUGAGCGGACGGGGUUCCGGCACUUGUACUUGUAUGCGGGGUCGGGGCGGUGCGUGGGGGCGGUGACGGCGGGGGAGUGGAUGGUGGAGCAGGUGGCAGGGUUGGAUGAGGGUGCUGGGUUGGUGUAUUUCACUGGGACCAUGGAUAGCGCGCUGGAGAGUCAUUUGUAUGUGACAAGGCUGUUUGGGGGCGUGGAGGGGGGGGGAGCGGGUGCUGGUUUGGUGUCUGCGUUGGGUUCGGAGAAGCGGGAUGCGUUUUUUCGUUAUGAGCAGCAGCAGCAGCAGCAGCAGCAGCAACAGGUGGUGCCGAUGGUGUUAGAUUCGGUGCAACCAGCAUCAUCAUCCCCAGCAGCAGCAGCAGCAGCAGGAGUAGCUUCACCAGGUCUACCUGUCUCCAACCUAUCACCACCACCAGCAGCAGCAUCAGCAGCACCUGCAGCAGCAACACCACUCCACCCACCCCCGUCUUCCCUCGCACCUACCAGCCUUUCCUCCUCUCUGCCGCCCGCCCGACCCAUCCGGCUCACCCAGGGUCCCGGGCGGCACCUGGUCGUUCUCGACCACAGCCUGCAGCGCUUUGUUGACCUCGUUGACUCGCUUGACUCGCCGCCCGCCGUGCGCCUCUGCUGCCUGGCGUCGGGGCGAGUGCUGGCGGUGAUAUUCCAGCAGCACUCGCCCAACCCCCGCGUGCAGCGCAUGCAGCUGCGGCCUCCCGAACUCGUGGAGGUCACUGUUGCUGAUGGCACCACCCUGCACGGGGCUAUUUACCGCCCUGACCCGGCCAUAUUUGGCCCGCCCCCAUACCGCACGGUGGUGAGCGUGUACGGGGGCCCACACGUGCAGACAGUGUGCGAGUCGUGGCUGUCUACUGUGGACAUGCGAGCCCAGUUCCUGCGCGCUCGAGGCAUGCUGGUGUGGAAGGUGAGCAUCAUGGGAGCAACACUUGACACAGCACAGGUAGGGCAUCAGGCAGACAGACGCAGUAGGGUCAGAGACGCAGUGUUCUAG